AGAGGGAGUUUGAGAACCUUACUCAGUUCCUUACCCGGUGGAAGGAAGAGGUAGACAAGGUGGAAGAGAUGGAUGAAAAAACCGUCUUAUCCCUCCUCUUGAAUGGCUUGCGCGCCGGGGAACUAUACAAGGAGUUCUGCCGGAAACCCCCAGCCAUGUACCACGAGGCCAUGUACCACUGCAUGGGAGUUUGCUGAAGCUGAAACCCAGCUCCGGGCAAAGAGAGAAGCUGAGCAUGGUCACAAGUCCAAGCCGGUGCAAGUCAAGAAGGAAGAAGCACCGGGACCUAGCCGGCCGAGCGUGGUGAUACUGGGCCAUGGAGAGCUGGGCAAAGGUUACUUGCAGAAAGCCCAGGAGAAGAGUCAUCAAUGGGUUAGGCCAACUGCCCCAGGGGAUGACCGGGACAACGACCGACGGAGGAAUAACCGGCCAAGGGAGCGGCGACCCGCUCCCGAAAAAGAGCACAUCGGCAUGAUCUUCGGCGGACCCGAGGGUGGAGAUUCAGCCGCGCAGCGGAAGAACUGGGUCCGGAGCAUUUACGUUGGAGAGGUAAGUGCUGAACCGCCCAGGCGUAAACAUACUAGGAGGGAGCCAAUCGUCUUUACUGACCGGGAUCUCCCUCCUACCGGUGAAGAUCACAAUGAUCCAUUGGUCAUCACCAUGGACAUUAAUGGGGUGGAUGUCACCCGGGUACUUGUUGACACCGGCAGCAGUGUCAACAUCUUAUACCUGGAGACCUUCCAAAAACUCAGGUUGUGUCGAACACAAUUUGAACCCCUCAAAACCCCUCUCUCAGGCUUCACGGGAGACACCAUUGAAGCUGAAGGAUCCAUAGUUCUACCGGUCGAACUAGGAUCAGGUGAAAAGACCGUGUGGAAGAAGAUGAGGUUCAUAGUUGUGGACAUCAAAUGCGUCCACAACGCAAUUCUUGGAAGGCCCGGCAUCAAUAGAGUCGGAGCGGUGAUUUCCAUGCCUCAUCUAUGCAUGAAGUUCCACACUCCAGGUGGUGUGGGUGAAGUGAAGGGCAAUCAGAGGAAUGCCCGGGAAUGCUAUGCCCGGGCAGUCAAGAAGAUGACCAAGGGGGUCAAUGUCAUCUCCCAAGAGAUCACAAAGGGAGAGACCCGGGAGAAACUGGAGCCCGAGGCCGAGACGGUGGAAAUCGAACUUCACCCGGGUGAUUCGUCAAGGAUGGUCAGAAUUGGAGCAAAUCUCCCCGAGGAUCUCAAGGCAGAGAUCACACGGGUCCUUCAAGAAUACGCGGGCAUAUUCGCAUGGAGCGUGGCGGAUAUGCCCGGAAUAGAUCGCUCUGUUAUCUGCCACCGGUUGGCCGUGAGGGAGGGAAGUCGACCGGUACGCCAGAAGAAGCGGUACCUGGCUAGUGACCGGCGAGAUUUCAUCAAAAAGGAAGUGAAAGACCUCCUCAGUGUUGAUUUACCGGUCAACAAGCCCACUGAGCAAUGGUGGGAGAUAGCAGUUGAUGGGGCAUCCGGUCCUAGAGGAUACGUGGGUGGUAUCGUGUUCACCACCCCAGAAGGGUUCAAGAUCUACCAUGCAAUCGUCUUCAACUUCAAACUGACGAACAAUGAGGCAGAAUAUGAAGCUCUGGCUGGAGGGCUCAGAAUUGCCCAAGCCCUGAAAAUCAGCCGGGUCAGUAUCAAAUCUGACUCUAGCCUGAUCGUUGGGCAAGUGACCGGUAACAUGGAAGCAAGGGAAGGACGCAUGGCACAAUACAGGGACCUUGUACUUGCCCUGUUGAAAGGCUUCGAAGAGUUCAAGAUCGCCCAAAUUCCUUGGGCGGAAAACGCGGAUGCAGACCUUCUCUCCAAAUUGACGCAGUAUGCUCCCGAGCAUGUUUCAAAACUUGCCCGGGUAGAGAUCCUUGACCGUGCAAGCAUCGAAAAAUUGGAAGUCGCCGCUAUAACGGCCAGAAGCCAAUUUGACCGGUCAAACUUGGUCGGGGCGGACGACCAUUGGAUGUAUGAUCUGAUGGAAUAUUUGAUGGAUGGGAGCUUGCCAGAACAAGAUGACCGGGCAAGAAAAGUGAAGCUCAGGGCACCCCGAUUUCAGGUUCUUGAUGGAAAACUGUAUAAAAGGGCAUUUGGGGGGCCACUCCUGAGAUGUCUAACCAAUAGGGAGGCUGAACGAGUCAUAGCGGAAGUCCACGAAGGCGUAUGCGCGGCGCAUCAAAUGUCCCGUACGCUUUCCCAACGCAUCAUCUUGUUGGGGUAUUACUGGCCAACAAUUGUCCAGGAUUGUGAAAGGUACGUUCAGAAAUGCAGGACGUGCCAAGUAUUCUACAAGUAUUCUGGUAGACCGGCGACCUACUAUCACCCUGUAUCAAACGUCAUCCCAUUCGCUAGAUUCGGGGUUGACAUCAUCGGAGCAUUCCCAGUUGCCCAAGCAAGGCUGCCCAUCGAAGCUGAAUUCCCAACGUUUCGGGAAUCAAAUUAUCAACCCCAACAAAAUGAAGAAGAUCACUUGGCCGAACUCAACUUGGUCGAAGAGCGGAGAAUGGCCGCGGAAGUUAAAAUGAGUACGUACCAACAAGUUGUGAAGAAGUACCAUGACAACAAGGUGGGGCCGCGGUACUUCCAAGUUGGGGAUGAAGUCCUACGAAGAAGAGAAUCAAGUAGACCCGGUGAUGGAGGAAAGCUGGCAAAAAACAGGGAAGGCCCAUACAGGGUUAGAGCCAUCAUUCGACCAGGAACGUAUCGGUUAGAAACUUUAGAUGGUGUACCGGUAGAAAGGACUUGUAAUUCCCACCAUCUUCGCAAGUUCUACAAAUGAUUGUAAUACUAGGCGAGGCCUAACCACAUUAUCAAUCAAAGUGAUGUUCAAUA